UUAGAGGCUCAGAAAGGGGAAAUCAGCUGGGCAGAGACAGUGGGGAGAGCUAUCAUUAGUCAGCCUGUGGUCAAACCAAUGCUGUGUGCCUAGUGGUUCUGAGCGCUGGUUUUCUAUUUAGUCGAUCCUCUGCGAACUGAGCUGCUGAGAGAGAUGAAGGGGCUGACUGUGGCGUCCAGAGGGGCAAUUAAAGUCGGGGCACUGGAGAAGCGGAGCGAGAGCCUGCUGCAGCUCUGGAAGAAGAAGCAGUGCACACUGACCCGGGACAGCCUGCUGCUGACCGACGGCGAUGGCAGGGGCUGUCGCUGCAAGGAGCUGAGCUUCGACACCAUCCGCAAGCUGGAGUGCGUGGAGAGGAAGGGCACGCGUGUCUACUUCACCAUCGUGACCACCGACUGGCGGGAGAUCGACUUCCGAUGCGAGGAUGCCAGCUCCUGGAACGCCGCCAUCACCCUCGCCCUGGUAGCCUUCAAGAACGAGCGGGCGGUGAGGGAGUUCCACGCGAGGAAGCCCGUCAAGAGGUGGCGGGGGUGGGCUGCGUGAGACUGCAAGCUAAACUGAUCUUCAAAGCAACGUCAGUGUCGGGACCAAUCAUGAAGUUUUGGCUCCAUAUUUCAAAGCUGCAGGGUCCCAGACUCUCAGAAUUUUCGCAGCUCGGACCCCCACCUCCCUCAACCUGACUUCCAGCCCAGCAUCCAGUUUGGCAGCGAACUGGGGCCUCUGACCAGAAUGGAAUGAAUUGGGAAUAGUAAUCGAUCCCCGCUGGCAGUCCCUGUUCAGAUCACCAGAGGGAAGAAAGCGAGUUGCCCCAAUUCCUUUUAUUGGACAGGUGAAAGUCAGAUUUGAAAUGCCCUCGUGUCCAUUGGAACAGCAGGAUUGGGGAAAUCAAACUCAGAAGCUGCCACCAACAUCAGUCCAGAGAUACCAUGGGAUUUCCUGGAAUUAAAUCCAGGAAACAGCAAUAAAAAUGGACAGGAAAAAAAUUAUUUUGUUUUUUUUGAACUCUUUUGUUGUAGAAAUAUUGUAAGUGGGAUGAUUGAAGGACAGUUAAGAGUCAACCUGUCAUUUUCGCUUUGGCAUUCCAGUUGGCCCAGCAGAGGCGGGACAUUGCAAAGAUGGACGUACUGGGUGGGCUCUUGGAGACAAGACAAUGUGGUAAAAACUCCAGGAAUAUUCCAGAAUGUAGGGGACUAAGGAUCGGCAUACCUGGAAGCUCUUGAGGGCCCCUGGUAACUUGGGGACAUAAUCUCAUGGAGGACUCAGUCACAAAGCCCGGGAUAGCCUGUGCAGAGCAAACCUUUUGAUCUUCCAAGUAGCUGCCAGCCCUUGACACGGGGUCACCUGCCGCCCAGACACGAGCGUGGCCCGCAUCAAUAAGCGUCUGCAGCGAGAGAGCUCUAGAUGUGUGCCCACUGAGCAGUCUCCCCAGCGACGGCUCAGUGAGUCGGUGAUGUCAGUGCCUUGCUGAGUCAGAUCGCCUCAAGAGCAUGCCAGUAUUGACUGCAUUCCUGCUCCUACUGGGCUUUUCCAGGCCUCCAGCUCCAGCUGCCCCUUCGCAUUCAUAAUCAGAAAAUCUCGCGGCUUUGUGAGGGUCCCUGCGGACUGAGCCUCCUGAUGGAACCGGCUGCUGGGUGGUUCUUUCCCAACCCCCCCGUUUGAUUUUUUUUUAGCGCUUCCUCUCUGUUUGACAUAUUUAUUGUCUGUCUGCAUAACGUUAAUAAAAGUAAAUCUGU